CUAGGUUCUCAGCUCUUAUAAGGCGGACUCCUUCGAUAGCUUCGGAACUUCCGUUUGAUUCUCGUUUAAGAUUGUGUUUUGUCAGAGAAAUUUACCAAAGAACACCGUAAAUCGACUUCAUUGAAGACUCCAACCUCGAUUUUAAAGGGUUUGCUUUGAUUUUGAGAGGAGCUCGAAGCCACGAUGCAAGCAAUCAAAUGUGUGGUUGUCGGAGAUGGUGCUGUGGGUAAAACAUGUUUGUUGAUCAGUUAUACCACAAACGCUUUUCCGGGGGAGUAUAUUCCUACAGUAUUUGAUAAUUAUUCUGCAAAUGUUAUGGUCGAUGGCAAGCCUAUAAAUCUUGGUUUAUGGGAUACUGCAGGGCAGGAGGACUAUGAUCGCUUGAGGCCUCUCUCGUAUCCCCAAACUGACGUAUUUCUAAUAUGCUUCUCAUUAAUAAGUCCAGCUUCCUUUGAAAAUGUUCGAGCAAAGUGGUAUCCGGAGGUAAGCCACCAUUGUCCCAACACCCCAAUCAUCUUAGUUGGCACAAAGCUUGACUUACGGGAUGACAAGGAAACAAUUGAAAAAUUGAAAGAGAAGAAGCUGGCUCCUGUAGUGUAUACAGAUGGCUUAAAAAUGACAAAAGAAAUUAGUGCACAAAAAUACCUUGAAUGCUCGGCUCUUACACAAAAAGGACUGAAAACAGUGUUUGAUGAAGCAAUCAGGGCAGUGCUGUGUCCAACAAUUAAGAAAACGAAGAAGAAAGGUGGAUGUCUACUGCUAUAAAUUAGAGACCAUAGCUUUGGAAAAACAACCAGACAACUUGUAAUGUGUGGAUAUUUCCUUGGUUUGGUCUGUUGCUACACAUAUCAAGCAAUUUGUUCUGAAAAAGGAAUCAUUAAUCUUUUCCUAUUAGUUUAUACUGAAAUGAGAAAAAUAGGUUGCUAUCAUGUUUUUUGAUGUCCACUGAGUUGCAGCAUGAUCUGGGUACAUUAAUUUCAUUUCUUUUAGUUUUUCCAUAGUUACAAGAAACCAGAAACAUAAUUUACUAAUUACUCUACAUAGGGAAUACAACAUGUUAAUGCAACAAUUAACUUUCAAAUAUUUUUAUGGCUUAAAAAUAAUUCUGUUCAUUUUGUUGUCCACUAGUAGUGUUAGAAGAGAGUGCCCAGAUGUUUAUUCAGAGUGAUAAUACAGCUGUUAUUCUUGGUUGUUUUGCAAGUACUAUGUUCCCUCCUAUUACACCAACCUUCUCUCCUCUCAUUUGGAAUGUUUCUUUAAUUACAAGAAAGUUUUACUCCUUGCUGUCUGGCUGGCAGUGCUUUUACAUGAUUUUGCCUCAGAGGAAUAUGAGGUUAACAUUACUGUGUGUUGAUUUCCAUGCUAAGCUGUCAGCUGUCUUGGUUAGGACUAGUGUUUUGUAGUUAUUAGUUGACAGGGUUCUUGUUUGAUGAUUGAUUUUGGAUAAUGUGGGUUUAUUGAAGUGCUUUUUGUAGUGUUAAUGGGAAGGUGUGUGAUCAAUCUGUUUAAUUUGCACAUGGAGAGCAAGAGAUGAGGCUGGAUCCCAUAUACACUGGCAAGCAGUGCUUGCUCUAACUUGUUUACAGACCCAUGUCAUGUCAUUAUUAAAUGGAAAGUUAUCAAUACUUAAAAGCACAGCACCUCAUAAGUUUAGUCUUUGAAAUCUCCACUAAUAGUGAUUUUUGCGUUGGGUUUUUUUUAGUAAACUGUGAAAAAAAUGAAACAAAAAAUUAAUUUUUCAAAUUAUAAUUUUGAAAGUGCAACUGUCACACUUGGUGGUCUUGCUUCAGGGUCUGUUGAUUUUUAUUGUUUUGUUAUUGCCUUAGUUGAUUUGAGUUGCCAGCUGGAUAGCUAGGGUUAUUUGCAUAAAACUAGCUGUCCGUCCUACAUAUAUAUCAGAUUGAAUUGCGAACUGUAAGGACUUUGAUUCAUAUUCAGGGAUCAUAACAAGCCAUAUCAGAAUUUCCAAUUUGCAAGUUUGUAAAUAAGAUAAUUAUGGCUUUCAAAUGGCAUGAGGAUUAGAACUGCUUUUUGGAAUGGUAAUUGAGGAGUUGGUCUGUUUUGCACUGGGAUUUCUUGAUGCAAUAACUUUAAAUGAAGUGUGGACAAUCUUCCCUGCAACUUUAUAAUUUUAUAUGUACAUGUAGGGUAUUGUGUAGGCAGUAACAUCUUGUGAAAUUCGUGUUAUAUUUCUACCUUACAUUCAAGAUUUUGGCCUUACUUAUGUAAUAAAAGAUCAAGAAAUCAUGA